CAGUAGCUCAGCCCGAGUGCUGCGCAGCCAGCUAGUCUGCCUGUCAGGCCGCUUCCUGCCCAGCCGCCGGGCCCUUACCCAUGCUGGCACCUCCAACCCCAGAGAACGCAGUCCCCAUGUCCCAGGCGGAGGCCGACCUAGUGCUGCGGCCUCCGCCCCCUCUCGCUGCCACUGGGCCAUCCCGCCUCGGGCCCCUUCCUCGCCGGGCGCGCCGCUUCUCCGGGAAGGCUGAGCCCCGGCCGCGCUCUUCCCGACUCAGCCGCCGGAGCUCGGUCGACUUGGGGCUGCUGAGCUCGUGGUCCCAGCCAGCCUCACCCGUUCCGGAGCCCCCAGAUCCUCCGGACUCCGCUGGUCUCAUCCCGGCGAGGAGCCCACCGCCUAACUCCGAAGAGCCCCCGGAGGGCACGUGGACUGGGGCAGCCCUGGUGAAGGCUACAGACUCUGAGCAUCCGGAGCUCGCAUGCUCCGUGGGAUGCCCGGGGUCCCGGGAUCCGCCGAGGGCCCCCGAAGCCGCGGCCCAGGAGAGGCGACGAGAGCAGGAGGAAAAGGAGGACAUGGAGACCCAGGCUGUGGCAACGUCUCCGGACGGCCGAUAUCUCAAGUUUGACAUCGAGAUUGGACGUGGCUCAUUCAAGACGGUGUAUCGAGGGCUGGACACUGACACCACAGUGGAGGUGGCCUGGUGUGAGCUGCAGACUCGGAAACUGUCUCGAGCCGAGCGGCAGCGAUUUUCAGAGGAGGUGGAGAUGCUCAAGGGGCUGCAGCACCCCAACAUUGUCCGCUUCUAUGACUCGUGGAAGUCGGUGCUGAGGGGCCAGGUUUGCAUCGUGCUGGUCACGGAACUCAUGACCUCGGGCACACUCAAGACAUACCUGAGGAGGUUCCGUGAGAUGAAGCCCCGAGUCCUUCAGCGCUGGAGCCGCCAAAUUCUACGGGGGCUUCAUUUCCUACACUCCCGGGUACCCCCCAUCCUGCACCGAGAUCUCAAGUGCGACAACGUCUUUAUCACGGGCCCUACGGGCUCUGUCAAGAUCGGGGACCUGGGCCUUGCCACACUCAAGCGUGCCUCCUUUGCCAAGAGUGUCAUCGGGACCCCGGAAUUCAUGGCUCCAGAGAUGUAUGAGGAAAAGUACGAUGAGGCCGUGGAUGUGUACGCAUUUGGCAUGUGCAUGCUGGAGAUGGCUACCUCCGAGUACCCUUACUCAGAGUGCCAGAAUGCCGCGCAAAUCUACCGCAAGGUCACCUCGGGCACAAAGCCAAACAGCUUUUACAAGGUGAAGAUGCCCGAAGUGAAGGAGAUCAUUGAAGGCUGCAUCAGAACGGAUAAGAACGAGAGGUUCACCAUUCAGGACCUUCUGGCUCACGCUUUCUUCCGCGAAGAGCGUGGUGUGCAUGUGGAGCUGGCAGAGGAGGACGAUGGUGAGAAGCCGGACCUCAAGCUCUGGCUGCGCAUGGAGGAUGCGCGGCGAGGGGGGCGCCCACGGGACAACCAGGCUAUUGAGUUUCUGUUCCAGCUAGGCCGGGAUGCGGCUGAGGAAGUGGCGCAGGAAAUGGUUGCCCUGGGCUUAGUCUGUGAAGCUGAUUACCAGCCAGUGGCCCGUGCAGUACGUGAACGGGUGGCCGCUAUCCAGCGAAAGCGUGAGAAGCUGCGUAAAGCUAGGGAGUUGGAGGCCCUCCCUCCUGCACCAGAACCCCAGCCAGCAUCUGUCCCCAUGGCUCCUGGUCUCCCCAGUGCCUUUCCCCAUGAGCCUGAGGAGCCAGAGGCAGACCAGCACCAGCUCUUCCUCUUCCGCCAUGCCAGCUACUCAUCUACCACCUCGGAUUGCGAGACUGAUGGCUACCUCAGCUCUUCUGGCUUCCUGGAUGCCUCAGACCCUGCCCUUCAGGCCCCUAAGGGGGUGCCGUCCAGCCCUGCUGAGUCCCAUCUCUGCCUGCCCUCGGCUUUUGCCCUAUCCAUUCCACGUUCUGGCCCUGGCAGUGACUUUAGCCCUGGAGACAACCAUGCCUCGGAUGUAGCAUCAGGCCUUAGUGAAAUGGGUGAAGGGAUGGGACGGAUGAGGAGACCCCCAGGGAGAAAUCUCCGGCGCAGACCCCGAUCCCGGCUUCGGGUCACUAGUGUCUCAGACCAGAAUGACAGAGUGGUUGAGUGCCAGCUACAGACACACAACAGCAAGAUGGUGACCUUCCGAUUUGAUCUGGAUGGCGACAGCCCGGAAGAGAUUGCAGCUGCCAUGGUAUAUAACGAGUUCAUUCUGCCUUCGGAGCGAGCUGGAUUCCUGAGCCGGAUUCGGGAGAUUAUCCAGCGAGUGGAGACCCUGUUGAAGAGAGAUACUGGCCCUGUGGAGGCUGCUGAAGACCCCCUGGGACCCCAGGAGGAGCCAGCACCAUUGCCUGCCCUCUUGGGCCCCUUCCCCAACCCAUCCAGUGCAGAGCUUCAGAGCAGCACCUCCCUGGAGCAGAGCAGCUGGGCAGCCUUCUCCACACCUCCAUCUUCUCCUGGGACCCCCUUGUCUCCUGGAAACCCAUUUUCUCCCGGAACCUCUGUUUUCCCAAGUCCCAUCUUCCCUAUCACUUAUCCCCCAUGUCAUACCAGCUCCUCCCCAUUCUCCCCAAUUUCUUCCCAGGCCUCAAAUCUCUCUUCAUACACCCCCAGCUCUCCACUUCUGUUCUCCCCCGGUGCAUCCCCGUUUCCAAUCCCGUCCUCUCAGUUUUCACAGAGUUCUCUCCUCCCUAGUUCUCCACCCAUCUUCUCUCCCAGUUCUCAGGUCACUCUUAUGCCUCCUUCCUUUCCUCCAUGCCCCUCUGCUUCUCCCCUCCCCUCCCCCACAGCAGGCCCUCUCCUGUCUCUGGCUAGUGCCUUCUCACUGGCUGUGAUGACUGUGGCCCAGUCCCUGCUGUCCCCCUCACCUGGACUCCUUUCUCAGUCUCCUCGAGCCUCUCCUGGUCCCUUACCAAGCCUGCCCCCUCCCAUUCCCCUUGCUCCUUGUGGCCAGGAGAGGCCUUCAGCUUUGACAGCUGAGAUGGAGAGUGAGGCCUCCCCAAAUCCUGCUCGGCCACUCCUGAGUGAAGCCAGACUGGCGCCUAUCUCUGAAGAGGGAAAGCCCCAGCUUGUUGGGCGUUUCCAGGUGACUUCACCCAAAGAACCAGCUGAGCCUCUUCCCCUGCAACCAACAUCCCCAACUCUCUCUGAUUCCCUGAAGCCUCCAACCCCUCAGCUGACCUCAGAGAGCUCAGAUACAGAGGAUAGUGCUGGAGGCGGGCCAGAGGCCAGGGAGGCUCUGGCUGAGAGUGACCGUGCAGCUGAGGGCUUGGGGGCUGGAGCUGAGGAGGAAGGGGACAGUGGGAAGGAACCCCGAGUGGUGGACAGCCCUCCACCCCUGAGCCAUCCCAACUCAGUAUGGAUGAACUACUCCUACAGCAGCCUGUGUCUGAGUAGUGAGGAAUCAGAGAGCAGUGGGGAGGAUGAGGAAUUCUGGGCUGAGCUGCAGAGUCUUCGACAAAAGCAUUUGUCAGAGGUGGAGGCACUACAGACACUACAGAAAAAGGAAAUUGAGGACUUGUACAGCAGGCUUGGGAAGCAGCCCCCACCAGGCAUCGUGGCUCCAGCUGCUAUGCUGUCCAGCCGCCAGCGCCGCAUCUCCAAGGGCAGCUUCCCCACCUCCCGACGCAACAGCCUGCAGCGCUCUGAACCCCCAGGCCCUGGCAUCAUACGAAGGAACUCCCUGAGUGGCAGCAGCACCGGCUCCCAGGAGCAGCGGGCAAGCAAGGGGGUGACAUUCGCCGGGGAUGUUGGCAGGAUGUGAAUUCAGAACAGAAGCCACGUGUCUCCCCCACACCAGGGCCCACCAUGGAGCUUGUGCUCUCAGAAUCUGCUGACCGACACAACUCUGCAAGAAAGACCUCGACACUGAGGGAAUAAAAGGCCAGAGGGGCAUGGAGAGUAUUGUUCCAUUACAGGGAAGGGCCAAAUGUGGGAACUAUUUGCUGGGUGUAGAAGGUGUAAAGUCUGCAGCCUACCAUCUGCAUCCUUGCCGCCUCCCAGCCAAGAGCCAACCACUAAGCAGUCCCACCCAAGCACAGAUGUUUCUAGAGGGCACACUCCCAGCUGGGCCAGUGGAGGGGGACACUAGAAUUAGCAGCAGCUAAUAAAAAUGCGGGAAUUAGGA